CCCAUUUGUGCAGAUUGGGCCUUUGAAUUUAUAUGAAAAAUGCAAAGUGAUUGGGUGUACAUAUGGGGUGCUUGAUGAAAUUCCUAAGAGGAAUUUGAUAUGAUGGGUCUCACCGUGGAUGGCCUAUGUAGUGAGAGUCCCCCAUAUUUUCUAUAAAAUAUUUAGCUUUUUUGGUUGAAUAUGAACUGUUGUUGUACUUGCCUUCCUAACCAUCUAUUUGUAUGCUACUUGACGAGUAAUGAUUUUUUUUUUCAAUGUUUCAGUUUGGGAUGCAGAUGUUCGAUACUGCUGGCAUGGCACUCACCUCACAAUCAACAAGGGAGUAUGGCCAGGGACUAACACUAGAAUGGCUGCAAAUGCAGAUUUUUACAGAAAAACCAGCCAUGCAUCAGGCAUUUCUGAACUUUGUUCCUAGCAAGAAAAAGAUUUCUGGAAAAAAUAUUGUAGAGCAGAGUACCUCCACAGGACAAGAAACUGUGGCAGCUGUAGUAGAAGUAGCCAAAGAUGAGGAGCUUGUUGUUUUCUUAAAGCAUGAUGAUAUUUUGGCCAGUGAAGCUCGUCGCAAGGUGCUCUUUCUCGUAAUAAAGGAUAUUCAGCCGUGAUGGCUUAAUAACUAAAAAGAAAAGAAAUCUCUACUGCAGUUUCUCAUUUCUUGGUGCAAGCAAGGUGAUCUGAUAAAUAUGAAGCUGAUAGUCUAUUGUCUAAAUGUAUGAUCAUAUUUUGGCAUAUAUACUUCUUUACAUAAUGGGAUAAGAUAGAGAAUCAGUUCACUUUCUCACAUUUUUUCA